CUCACUGGCUCAGAAGCACAGCCUGGCUUGUCAGGUCUGGUCAUUAGCAUUUUAUUAAGUUUUCGAAUACAAAAAUUUUGGAACCUUUGCUUCCGGCUCUUGCCAUUGCUUAUCUUUUUUAUUCGCCUCCUCCCGAUGUCAAAAUUGAACUGAGUACGCCUUUCCCCAACUAGCACCGGCACCGGUACUAGCCAGCACCGCUUGCCAGCAUCCCUUGCCACAAUUCCACAAUCCCAGAGUCAGCCCAGGCACAGGUCGAAAGCCAUUCACAGCAGUUGGACAGACAGCCCGAAGACCGAACACCUACUUCUGUCUCUGAGCUUAUGUGUGUGUGUGUGUGCGGGAGUGUGCGUACAGGUUCGUAUGUGUGGGUGAGGCACUUACCAGCCCUGCGGUUUCAUUUGGCCAGCCGCAAAAUUCUUACCAAACAAAAUAAAGAAAACGAGGAGCAGUAGCAGUAGCAGAAGCUGAAGCAGAAACACAACUAACUUGGGCCAAAGAAAAGUAAAGCCAAGCGGCAACGGAAAUUGUUAACCUUUGGGGAUAUCAAACAUUUACGAUUGCGUGGAAGCGGCAAAGGCUAAGGCUGAGGCAAAGGCAACAACCGCAACAUUUAAGUUUUUAUCAGCACAAAAUAAAGUUUUGGUUUACGGAUUGUGUUCCAACAGCCCCAACCGCCGUUCCCGCAUUUGCCGAGGGCGGCCACAAGUGCCCAGGAGAAGCAGCUGGAUCAAGGAGGUCUGUGGGCCGAGAACUGGGGGCUAGUUGAACCGUGUUGAUUCCCGGCCACGCCGAACUUUUAUCCUUUUCAAUUUCGUUUCUGCCUGGCGAGUACUUUUGAGGGAUUUAAAUUUUUGUUUGCUGCCGGUGCUAUCGGCGAAGCGUAAUCGUGGGAGCGGCAACUUCAACUUCUUGGCGUUCAGUCAUGAUGCGCAAAAAGAAAAGCCGUGGGUUUUCCUCAUCUUCAGCAUCGGACUCAGAUCCACCGCAGACCUUGAUGGCUUCCCAACAGGAAAAUAGCUUGGCAGGCAUUGAAGACUUGUCCUCAGGAUCAGACGAUCAAGGUGUUCCUUUCAUUUUGGUAGAUAGUGCGGUCGUCCACACUCGCAGCGAUCUGGAUGCUGCUCUGAAUCUUGUGGAAAAGCGGAGGAUGAAAAUGGUAAAAGCGGAUUCAGAGGACAACCACUUGCUGCUUUUGGAGGAUGUAUCGCCGCCGCCAGAACUGGAUCUACCCAUUAACUUAGGAUCAAAGGAAGCUGCCAAGCUGAGAGCUGAUGAAGAUGAGAGGCGCUUUCAGGAGGAUUUGCAGAGUCUUUGCCUCUCUUCUCUCUUGAGAGAUGAAGAGAUUACUCCUGCUACCACAGACUCUAUAAGCACUGAACCCCUAAACAAGAGCACGGCUACCAAAAGUUCCGUGGAAGAGAGUCGCUUGCUGUUGCAGACAACAUCUAAUCUGGAGCAAAUACGUAUGAAGCUGGAGGAGCUUAGAAAGCUGCAGGAUGCGAUCAUGGUACCGGAGCCAGUGCCCGAGCCUGUUAACAGUCGUCCCAGCAUUCGCCGCCAGGCUACCUUCGACAUAAAACGCGAAAGAGGUGGCGCUGGAUCACGGCAUGCCAUUUCCCCUCCCGUAAUAUCCGUAGAUGCUGAAGACUCCCUGAAGCAAAGCCACACGCUGAACCAAACCAAAGCUCCCAUGAUAAUACAUACACCUUCCAGGAGUUCCACCUCCUUGUCGAGCACCUCGGGAGGCCGAAAAUCCCCGCCCCUGAAUACGCAACAGAUCAUCAAUCAAAUCGGGGACUUGCUAAUGCAACUACAGCUGCAGCAGGAGGACGGUCAGGCGCUGGAUGAGGGUUCCACCUAUUCCUAUAUGGUGACAUUUGUACCAAGAGGUGGUGUGGCCAAGUGCUCCGUGCAAGCUAUUACCGAUCUGAAGCCCACUACCCGCAAAGCGGUUGUUCAGCCCCAGGCUCGCCCAAUAUGCAGCCAGCUUCCUAUAUCUCGGACACCCAUCAUCAAUAUAUUUUCCCCCUCCGGAACACGUUUGGAAUCAACUCAGCCACCUGUGCGCUCGCAGGCAUCACAGUUGUCCGUCAACACCCUCAAGCUGGAAGGAAGUGUGUUGCCUUUUUCCCACGUUGCUCCUUUGAAUCUUCCAGAAUCCUCAUCCUGCCGUAUCAAAUCUCCUUAUAUGCGUAAGAGACCAGGAACCUAUUUGAAAGUUCCCGCUCCAGCCAGAUACUGCCACGGUAGGAAGAGGGAUUGAAAUGGGUGCAGUCGAGCGGACUUUAUUUGCUAUUCAAAAACUGAAUUCAAAUUGCAUUGAAAUGUUGAAAAACAAAUAUAUAUUUAACGAUUUAA